AUGCAGCUGACUCGGUGCUGUUUCAUAUUUCUUAUCCAGGGGAGCAUCUAUCUUCUGGUAAUCUGUGGCCAAGAUGAGGCAACAGAAGAGGAAGAAGAAGAAAAUGGAAAAUCCUCCAAAACUCAACAAAGAUCCCGAGUGCAAAAGAAAAAAGCCCAAGUCUCCCUAAAGUCCUCUGUAACCCCAUCUUACUUCCAGAAUACAACUCUCUUAGAAUUGGUCUCCAGUAAUGCACCAGAAUUUUGGAAUAUCCUAGAUAGUUUGUCCAAGCAGGGACAAAGCAAACAACCUCGUGGAAGAAGAGAUUCCCUCACCAAUCCUAGUCAGUUCAAAAAAAUAUUUGGGUGGGGUGAUUUCUACUCCAACAUCAAGACAGUAAAACUCAACCUCUUAAUUACAGGCAAAGUGGUUGAUCAUGGGAAUGGCACAGUCAAUGUGUUCUUUCGUCAUAACUCCACUGGCCAAGGGAACAUCUCAGUCAGCUUGGUACCACCAAACAAAGCAGUUGAGUUUGAUCUUGAGCAGCAAAUCUUCAUAGAGGCAAAAGAAUCAAAGAUCUUCAACUGCCGGGUGGAGUCUGAGAAGGUGAGCAAAUCGAAGAAGACUACUCUGUGCACUUAUGACCCUUCUAAAACCUGCUUCCUGAACCACACACAGAGUCAGGUCUCUUGGGUUUGCUCCAAGCCAUUCAAAGUUAUCUGUAUCUACAUAACCUUCUACAGCAUAGAUUACAGACUUGUGCAAAAAGUGUGUCCUGACUACAACUACCACAACAAUGUUCCUUAUUACCCCUCUGGGUGAUGACAUACCUCUUUUGAAUGUAAAGCAACUCAUGUCUCAAAUGUCACUUGAUUGAGGACUGGGGAAGGAAAAUAGACUAUGAAAAGAUUGAAACAUGCCUCACCAAUGCCAGGCAUACACCCGGCUUCUACUAAGAGACAUUGAGUUUGGAAAAGAGAUUGAGAGGACAUGAAUGGACGUAUCAUCCUUGAAACACUUUACCCUUUCAUGUAUACAUUUAGCCAAAAUAUUUCAGUGCUUAUGGUGGAAAGCCCACACUGCGCUUUCAUUUCAUCAUUGUUAUUUAAAAGUGAUGUAAUCCAUCAGGGGUACUACUGUUGAGGUUGUAUCUGUCAACAGCCACAUUUGGGGGAAGUAAUCUGUA